AUGGUCAGCAAAGCCGAUAAUGAUGCCCUCGAGGCGCAGUUUGAGUCGCAAUUCCAAAAGCCCGGCGAUCUUGUGGAGCGUGAUGAAGACACCGGUGCAAUGUCUAUUGAGUCACUUUGCAUGAACUGCCACAAGCAAGGAGUCACCCGCUUGCUCCUGCUCCGAGUUCCUUAUUUCAGAGACAUUAUCCUCGAAAGUUUCGAAUGUGAACACUGCUUCCUCAAGAACAACUCGAUCAAAUCGGCCGGCCAGAUUCAGGAGCGUGGAACAGUUUACACUUUAAGGGUUGAGAAUGAAGAGGAUCUUCAGCGCCAAGUUAUCCGCAGCGAUGUUUCCAGUUUCAAACUUACUACGAAACUCGGCAAUGAGAUUGAAGUUCCCAAGGGAACUGGCCAGCUGACCAAUGUCGAAGGCAUGGUUCAACUCAUUCACGAAAAUUUGUCAGGAGAGCAGGAUCUUCGUAAAGAACAAGCUCCUGAACUCUACGAAUCCCUUGUGCCUAUCAUCGAGAGCCUUGAGAAGAUCAUGAACCGCGAGGACGCUUUCCCCUUCAGCAUUUCCCUUGAUGAUCUCACUGGAAAUUCAUGGAUUGCGCCCAACAGCACCGAUCGUGGAAACAAGUACACGCGCCGUGAAUACCCGCGUACCCACGAACAGAACGAGGAGUUGGGAAUUUCCGCAGAUGCAAACGCUGUCAGCCAAGAGGACACAGCUCAGCUUGAUGCCGGAGACCCAGAGGACCUCGAUAUCGUUGAUGGCCAGGUCUACACCAUUCCUGCUGAGUGCCCCGGUUGCAACAAGGAAGCUGAGGUGAACAUUAAGAAAGUCAACAUUCCUUACUUCAAGGAAGUCCUGCUGUUCGGUACGAACUGUGGACACUGCGGCUACAAAUCGUCCGCAAUUAAGACUGGUGGUGAGGUGCCCGAGAAGGGCAGGCGUAUCACUCUCCAGGUGAAUAACCAGGUUGAUCUCUCGCGCGAUAUUCUCAAGAGUGACUCGGCAGGACUUUACAGUCCUGAGCUUGACCUGGAUGUUCAGCCAGGCACGCUUGGUGGACGUUUCACCACGGUUGAAGGAUUGCUAGUUGAGAUCAGGGAUCAACUGAAGGGUGCCAUUUUCGAUGUUGAUGAUUCCACACACUCUGGAGGCGACAGCAUGGCCUCUGAUGAUAAGGAUAAGUGGCAACGAUUCUUCAACCGUCUCGACCAGGCUAUCGAUGGCGAGCUCAAGUUCACUAUCACAUUGCAAGACCCGAUGGCCUCCUCUUACGUCCAGGAUAUUUGCAGUCCAGCUAUCGACCACCAGAUUACUACCGAGGACUACACUCGCUCUGCCGAGGAGGAAGAUGAUCUCGGUCUGACAGACAUGAAGACCGAGGGCUAUGAGCAGGCUGAGGCCGAGACUGAGACCACUCAGAAGGAGUAA